CGUCGCCUCCGCCCUCAACAGUGCGACGAAGAGACACAAAUAGAGAGAGGAAGAGAAGCAGAAGAGGCGGCUGCAACAGGUGUUUGUGGCAACAACAGCGGCAACAACGCGACCAAGUGGCAUCAUUUGCGGUUGCAGGCCAAGCCAAAGCCUCGCGUCGGCCGCAACGGGAAAUUGAACAAGCUUUUGCAGGGUAUGAGAGUCGGAAACAUGUUCUUGCAGCAGUUGCAGUGGCAGCAACAGCAGCAGCGACAGCGGCGGCAGCAGCAAUUUGUGUGUCAUGCUGGUUGGGCAACCAGAACGGCAAUCACGCUGGGCGGUGUGUGGUCGCCCCACCUCCCCCUCCUUCCCCUCCUCCUUCUCUCGCUGAUUGCAUCCAGCGCGGCGUUAAGUGCACCGCCACCUGCCACCACACCUUCCACCACCCCUUCCCCCUCCCUAUCGUCAACAACAACAACGAGCAGUUCCUCGAGCAUGCAAAUCCAGACGCUUCAGGUGAAUUGCACGCGGGAGCUGCUGGACAUGCAGCUGACGCUGGAUCGCAACUUUCGGGGUCUGCUCUAUGCCAAGGAUUUCCCCCUCGAGUGUCGUGCCCGUGGCCAGGAUGCCAACGAGAUAGCCCUGCGUGUGCCCACCUCGGGUUGCGGAGUGCGUGCCGAGCCUCUGGAGAAUGGCGGCAUGGAGUACACGGUUCGCAUCAUGCUGCAGUCGGCGCAGAAGCUACGACAAAGCACCGACAUCCUGAGAACGGUGCGUUGCCAGCUGCCCGCCAAUGCGAUGGGUAUGCCAUUGCCACUUUCCGGCCGAGAUCGAAACGCACGCAUGCGCGCUUUGGCUGUGGCUGCAGCAGCAGCUUCAACAUCGUACUCAUCAUCAACGCCACAGCCAUCGACUCAUCACAUGGAGACGCCGCGUGUGCGCAUCUGGCUGGAGCUGGGCGGCCCCAAUGGUUCCGGUUCUGUGGAGGUGGGCGUGGCAACCACUUUAACUGUGCGCGCCAUCGUCCCGGGCACGAUUGGAGUACGCGUGGUCGACUGUGCGGCACUCGAUGGCCUCGGUGAGUCGACGCAGCAGCUGCUCGACGCUCGCGGUUGCCCCAUCGAUGAGCAGGUGAUGCCGGCGCUGCAUACGCGAUAUAAGCCCGCGGAGGAGGGAUGGUCCAAGCAGCAUGAGGAAGAUCUGGUCGAGCGCACGUUUAUGGCCACAUUUGCAGCCUUUAAGUUUCCCGAUCGCGAGCGUUUGCACGUCAGCUGUGGCGUGCAGCUUUGCAAAGGGAAGUGCCCAAAACUCAAUUGUCGCCUCGCCGAGCAACAACUCCAGCUGAACGCCGAUCAGCAUUUGGCACGCAUCGAAGUGUUCAACUCAUUGGCCGUGACAGCGCCGCAGAUCGAAGUGGAUCGUCUGCGCUAUGAUCGCCGCUAUAAUAUGAGUGUGGAAGACUAUGUGCCGCAUGUGCGUCCGCUGUCUGGCGAGGGCACCUUAUGUCUGUCCAUCUCCAAGCUGGCCAUCUCGUUCUGCAUACUCGGCUCCAUCUUUCUGAUAGCGGUAAUCGUCGCCAUCUUUUCGCUGAUACGCACACGACGACGCCAGCAACAAGGACGUUGCAGUGGCCUGGGUUUGAGUGGCACUGGAACGGCGACCAGCACUUCGAAUAGCAGCAGCCGAUUGCAUCGUGCCGAAAUCUGUACAUCGAUGUUCUCGUCGAGCAGCGAAUCCGCGCAGUCGGCCCCACGUUUUGGUGGCAAAUUUCUGAUGCCUCUGCCCUACUAUCCUACUAAUUUGCCCUAUGGACGUGUCUAUUGAACACGAUUUGCGAACACUUUAGACGUAUUAUGAUAGUUUUAUAAGUUGAUUUUUUUUUCUGAAACCAUUUUGGGCAAAUGUUUUGGUAGCAAAUUCGAAUCUAUAGACUGAUGUGGCUGCACUCGCUCAAACAUGAUAAUUCGUUGUAACGAAUGAUACCAAAAUAUGUUGUAACUGCAAGUUAUGUUUAGUUUAUAUUUUGGAAGGCGUCUUGAAAGCAUUUUCCGCCAGUCGUUGAAAAUGCGUUUUGAUGCGCUUUCGUUGCAUUAAUUAAUUAAUAUAUAUGUAUUAAUAUAUUGCUAUUUUUGUUCAUGCUUAGUUUAUGCUAACAGUGCAAUUGUAA